AUGAACAGCAGCAACGCCACUGAGAGCCAUGUGGAUGACGUCCUGCAGAUGGUAGGCAUUGACCGCCGUGCCCAGGAGCACCUGCCCGUGCUGGCGGGCAUCGCUGGCUCCACGCUCGUGCUUGGAACGGCCAUCCUGCAGAUCGCCACGUGGCGGAGCUUCCGGAGAACUCCACCCGAGCGCGCCAGGCUGGAGCCCGACCCUGUGGGUGCCACAACUACCGGCGCCGGCAUCAGCGACGGGCACCUUACCAUGCCUUCCACCCAGCAGAGCGCACCAUCACCCGUCCCAGUGUCGUCACAGCGCAGAUUCCGCCAGGUUCUGGCCGUCUUCUCCUGCACAGUUGGUCUUUGCAUGGGCGUCACAGUGGCGGGCAUUGCCGACAGCACCUUGUCGAAGGAGACGGGGUUGCUAUGGGAGUCCUACGUGCUACUCCUCUCAGCCGCGUGCUUGUGGAUGCUUGCGCAGGCCUCAGUGGCAGCGUUCGUCCUGGAAUCCGGACGAGGAUACCCCCCGACGGCCUUUGCAGAGGCGAUGUUCUCCGGCGUUUGCCCUUUCGUAUCUGACUCCUUCGACACGUUAAAGGACGUGCUCUUUGGAGGUCUGUGCUUGCAGUCGACAAAGGUCGGGCUGCAUGUAGUUGGCUGGCUGAGCUGGGUGUACCUGAUCAUAUUUCACCUGUGCCUCAUGUGUAGCGACCGCUUUGUAGCGGAUUUGGCUGCGAGCCACUUGUCAGUCUUUUCAAUCGCCACCAUCGGAACUUCUUCUCCUAAGUCCAAGCUAAGCUGGUCAGAGAAGCUGAAGGUGCUGAUCGCGAAGCAGCUCACCCCGACGAAACGUUGGAUGCUGCUCGUCGAAAACGUCCCACAAGCGGGCCUCGCAGUCAUCUACUUGGCGGUGGAAGGGGGCAGUGUGCUGGUGGGACUGCUGAACCUCGGAGUUCCAGCCGCUCAAGUCCUUGUCUCUUUUUUCAUGUUCCCCAGGCUCCAAAGGGGCCUGGCCAAGUCUUAUGCCCAACGGCUAGACUCGGCCAUUACAGAUGGCGACCGGACCCUCGCGCAUAAACUGGGCUGCGAGCGGUAUUUCUUCAGUGUCGCCGAAGCAAAGCUCUUCUAUAGACUGGGCUUCGAGCUGCAUUUCGACAAUGAGGACCUUGACUGGAACAUUGCGAACGAAAGCCGACUGCUGGAGCCCCUCAUCGACGCCAGGUUUACACAACUGUCAGACAAUGGGCACGUUCUGGUCGAGGGCGACGUGGAUCCCUUGGCUCUGAGCAUUUGCAGGCAAUGUCUCAUGAGUGCCAUGUUGGUUGCUGAUGCCGAUGGAAUACAUAAUACUAAUGUUCUUCGCUGGUAUUCUGAAGACCUGCGUGGCCAGGGCGGCCUCCUCGCGGCCGGCCUGAAUUUUGCCUCCCAAGUGCUCUGGAUUGAUCAGCUCGACAUUAUUGACUGCGAGCUGGAAGCCGAGGACGCCGCCGCUCUUUUUCGGAACUUGGCAAGUGCGAAGCUCAGGCACCUGAGCUUAAGGGGUCCUGACCCGGAAAAUCGCGGCAGCGCCCGCCUUGGGCAGGCCGGGGCGAAGGCGCUGGCCCACGCGCUGCCCGACACCAGCCACAGCCUCGAAGCUCUCGUACUGAAUUUCCUCCACAUCGGCGACGCCGAGGCCGUGAUUCUGGCCGGAGCCCUGCCGAGCAGCCACAUCACGUACCUGAAUUUGAGUUUCAACGACAUCGAGGACGCGGGCGCCUUGGCCCUUGCGGGGGGACUGCAGCAGAACGAGACCCUACAGAGGUUGUUCAUCGGCCGCAACAAGCUGGAGCAUCGAGGCGAGGGUCUGUCGGCCCUGCGGGAUGCCUGCGAAAAGCGGCAACCGCCUGUGAGACUCGAUUGUUAG